UUCGAUUUCCCAACGCGGAUAAGCGCGGCGCGCCGCCCGAGCCGCCCGCCCAUUGGCCGAGCGCGUCGCCGCGUGACUCGAGCGGCGCCCAAUGGGCGUCGCCUUCCGCACGCGCGAGUGCAGUGGGAAUUGCAAAGCGGGGCCUGAGCACAGCCUGCAAGCCGCGGGGGCCGCUUUUGUGUGCGCGCGUGAGCGAGAGGAGAUUUCGUUCGGCUAAAAACCGACAACGAUUAUAACGUUUAUUUUUUAAUUCGGGUCUCUUUAACAAUUUCGUCUUUUUCAACAAAAACGGGAUUUCCUCCCAACCACCCAACCACCACCGCAACUAUCUCAAAUGUAUCCUUCCGUCAAGCGCACUCGAGCGCCCGCAGUACAGCAGAGGCUCAGGCGAUAAAUAAUCGGCCACAUGUGUUGUUGUUUGUUUUUAUUAAUGUUUUUAACGACACACUGAGCCCUUAUUUUCGUUCGCCCUGUUGUCUUGCUGCUGCUGCUGCUUGACGAGGGCAGCGGUGGCGAUGCGGAUUUAGUGCCGGCGUGGCGGUGGCGGCGGGGCACGAUCGGACGAACCCCCCCCCCACCCACCAAGCACGCAGCCCCCCAAUCACGCAGCCCCCCAAUCAACCUUCCGAUUAGCGGCCGCGAUGGGGGACCACGAGGAGUUUGCGGCGCCCCCCGAGUGUCCCGUCUUCGAGCCGAGUCGUGAGGAGUUCGCCGAGCCGCUCGCCUUCAUUGCCAAGAUCAGGCCCAUCGCCGAGAAGACGGGCAUCUGCAAGAUACGGCCACCCGCGGACUGGCAGCCUCCGUUUGCCGUUGACGUCGACAACUUCCGCUUCACGCCCAGGAUCCAGAGACUCAACGAGCUCGAGGCUCAAACGCGCGUGAAGCUCAACUUCCUGGACCAGAUCGCCAAGUUCUGGGAGCUCCAGGGCUCCACCCUGAAGAUCCCGAUCGUGGAGCGCAGGACACUCGACCUCUACACACUCAGCAAGGUGGUGAUGGAGGAGGGCGGCUUCGAGUACCUGAGCCGCGAGCGCAAGUGGGCGCGGGUUUCCCUGCGCAUGGGUUAUCCGGCGCACCGCGGCGUCGGCUCGCUGCUGCGCUCGCACUACGAGCGCAUCCUCUACCCCUACGACCUCUUCCACGCCGGCGUCAGCCUCCACACGCUCAAGAACCUCUCCAAGCAGAAGCUGCCGCUGUCUCUGGCUCGCUCUGCCGCUCCCACCGACAAGCAAGACGACGUGGGGGAGAAGGACAAGGAGUACAAGCCGCACGGCAUCCCGCAGCGCCUGUCGGUGCAGCCCUCCAAGACAGACUGCUACGGGCGGCGCGCCAAGCGUCUCAACACCGAGCCCGAGCCAACGGAGGCCGACAUUGCGAGCAACCCUGAGCUGAAGAAGCUGCAGAUCUACGGAGCCGGGCCCAAGAUGAUGGGGCUCGGACUCAUGGCGCGUGAGAAGCUCGGCGCCAGCAGGAGGAAGGACGGUGACGUGAAGCAGGAGCCAACAGUGGCGCCAAAACUGGAACCGCCGCCGCCUCCACCGCCGCCAACACCACCACCGGCGCUGGCAGCGGACGGUGGCGAGAACUCUUCCAAGUGGGAAGAUUCGGCGGGGGCCGGCAAGCAAUCGCUGGGCCCCUCUCCCUCUCCGCCGGUACUGGCUCGUGCCGAGCGCGCGGAGCAGGCCUGCAAGCCGGAGCCUCCGUCCAGCCCGGUUGUCAUCUCCGACGAUGACGACGACGACGGCGGCGGCGCCGGCGAAGUGAGAGGCGCUGGCGCUGCAGAGGAACAGAAACUGGAGGGUGCUGGUGGCGGCGGUGGCAGCGGUGGCGCUGCUGUUGAUGGAUCCGUGGAGCAGAAGGCAGAGGGUGCGUGCCUCGUGUGCGAGAGCGCCGUUGCCGUGGAGACGAUGCUGCGGUGCAGCCGUUGCGGAGACGGGUACCACAGGACUUGCCUCGUGCCGCCCCCCCCAGAAGUCGCCAGCGCGCACUGGCGCUGCCCCAAGUGCAUCGCCGAGGAGUGCAGUAAGCCACACGAGGCGUUUGGCUUUGAGCAGGCCACCAAGGAGUACACGCUGCAGAGCUUCGGGGAGAUGGCCGACACGUUCAAGGCGGACUACUUCAACAUGCCCGUGCACAUGGUGCCGACGGACCUGGUGGAGCGCGAGUUCUGGCGCUUGGUGAACAGCAUCGAGGAGGACGUGACGGUGGAGUACGGCGCCGACAUACACUCGCGCGAGUUUGGCAGCGGCUUCCCGGUGCGCGACCAAGAAAGGAUCCUCACGCCCGAGGAGGAGACGUACGUGGAGUCGGGCUGGAAUCUCAACAUCAUCCCCGUGCACGGGCAGUCGGUGCUCGGCUUCAUCAACGCAGACAUCUCCGGCAUGAAGGUGCCCUGGCUGUACGUGGGCAUGUGCUUCUCUGCCUUCUGCUGGCACAUUGAGGACCACUGGAGCUACUCCAUCAACUACCUGCACUGGGGCGAGCCGAAGACGUGGUACGGCGUGCCGUCGCACGCGGCCGAGCACCUGGAGUCUGUGAUGAGGAAGCUGGCGCCGGAGCUGUUCGAGUCCCAGCCUGACCUCCUGCACCAGCUGGUGACCAUCAUGAACCCCAACCUGCUCAUGUCGCACGGCGUGCCGGUGGUGCGGACGAACCAAUGUGCGGGAGAGUUUGUGGUGACGUUCCCCCGGGCCUACCACAGUGGAUUCAACCAGGGGUACAACUUUGCCGAGGCCGUCAACUUCUGCACCGCCGACUGGCUGCCCAUGGGCCGCCUGUGCGUGGAUCACUACCGCCGGCUGCACCGCUACUGCGUGUUCUCGCACGAGGAGCUCAUCUGCAAGAUGGCGUCGGACCCCGAGGGCCUGGGCCUCAACCUGGCGGCGGCCGUGCACAAGGAGCUCUUCAUCAUGGUGCAGGAGGAGCGCAAGCUGCGCCGUGCCCUGCUGCAGCGGGGCACAACGGAGGCAGAGCGUGAGGCGUUUGAGCUGCUUCCCGACGACGAGCGGCAGUGCGACACGUGCAAAACGACGUGCUUCCUGUCGGCGCUGGCGUGCUCGCGCUGCCACAACCGCCUCGUGUGCCUGCACCACGCCGCCCAGCUCUGCAAGUGCCCGCCCGCCAAGCACUACCUGCGCUACCGCUACACGCUGGACGAGCUGCCGGCCAUGCUGCAGCGACUCAAGGUGUGCGCCGAGUCGUUCGACAGCUGGGCCACGCGCACGCGCCGUGCCCUGGAAGCCGAGGGCGCCCUCAAGAAAGAGCUGCCACACCUACAGGAGCUGGCUGCCGAGGCGGAGGAGAGGAAGUUCCCGGAGAACGAUCUCUCGCUGCAGCUGCACGUCGUCGUCACGGAGACGGAGCGCUGCCUCGCGCUGGUUCGCUCGCUGCUCCACGCCCGGCCCGCCGACGGGAGCGGUGAGGAGCCGGUGGAGCGACUCACCCUGGUGGAGCUGCGGGAGCUGGUGGAGCAGAUGCAGAGUCUGCCCUGCGCCGUACCCGAAGCCGCGCAGGUGGAGGAACUGCUGGAGCGAGCAGAGCGUCUGGAGGUGCGCGCCACCGAGGUGGCGGAGGAGGCGGCGCCCGGUGCGAGCACCGUGGAGGCCCUGCUGCGUGACAUCGAGCGGCUGGGCCCCACCAUCGUCCUGCCGCACGCGGCCACGCUGCGCGACGCCCUGCCCCGGUCACGCUGGCUGCACCAGGUGCGUGAGAACCUGUCGCAAGGCGGGGGGCGCGUGCCGCUAGACGCCGUGCGGGGCCUGCUGAGGGCCGGGCUGGCGCUGCCAGCUAACCCGUCGGUGCAGAAGGCGCUGUCAGAGCUGCAGGAGCUGCAGAGCAUCGCCCAGCGCUGGGAGGAGAAGGCGGCGCUCUGCCUGCAGUCUGGGCAGCGUCACAGCGCGGCGACGCUGGAGGCGAUCGUGGCCGACGCGGAGCAGGUGCCCGCGGUGCUGCCCAAGGUGCGCGCCCUCACCGCGGCGCUCGCCGCUGCGCGCCAGUGGAGCCACCUCCUGGAGGCCAUGCAGAACGCGGACCACUUCCCGUACCUGGAGGUGCUGGAGAGCACGGUGCGGUGCGGCGCCGACGUGGCGGUGAGGCUGGACGCGCUUCCCCAGCUGCAGGCGCAGGUGCAGCUGGCACGCGCCUGGCGCGAGCGCACCGAGCGCACGUUCCUGCGACGCCACUCGUCGUACUCCGUGCUGGAGGUGCUGAGCCCGCGCACCGACAUCGGCGAGUACGGCAAGCGGCGCCCGAGAGUAGUGGCCGGCGACCCGAAGGCAGCGCCGCCCGCCGAGGUCACCAUCGCCGACCUCCAGCGGCAAAUCAAGGAGGCACGCGACCCCGACGCGGUGGUCCAGUCCCUGAAGGAUGCCGAGAGGAGGGAGGUGGAAGCCAUACGCCGGCUGCGCGCCAAAAACGCCAGCAAACUGGCGCUGCCGCUCCCCACCAGCGGCUCGAGCCCGCACCGUCACUCCCCCAAGGCCCUCGCCGGUCCCACGCCGAGACCGCAACAACCGGGCGACCCGGGCGUCGCCGUUAACAACGGCGACGCCGCCGACGGUGCCGCCGGCACCGGCGCGGCGGAGUUCUGCCUGUGCCGGCGCCCGGCGCGCGGCCUCAUGCUGCACUGCGAGCUGUGCGGGGACUGGUUCCACUGCGGCACGUGCGUGCCGGUGCCGCGAUCCGGCACGGGCCGGCGCCACGGGCCGGGCUACCGACUGCUGCGCGUGCCGGGGCCUCCGUUCCUGUGCCCCGGCUGCCAGCGCUCGCGCCGCCCGCGCCUCGUGGCCAUCCUGCCGCUGCUGCUGGCGCUGCAGAAGCUGCCGGCGAGGCUCGCCGAGGGGGAGGCGCUGCAGCACCUCACGGAGCGCGCCGUCGGGUGGCAGGAGCAAGCUCGCCAAGCGCUGGCAAAGGACGAGGUGUGGCCACUGAUGACGACGGCCGACCAGGCAGACAACGACCCCGCGGCUGCCCCGGCGCCGGCACCACCGCCGGCGGGGGCAGGGUCGGGACGACUGUCGGCAGAGACAACACGGGAACUAACGGAGCUGCUGGUGGAGGGCGGGCUGCUGGAGAUGAGCCUGGAAGAGACGUGCCUCAUCUGGAGGGUGCUGCAGGCCGCGCAGCCGGAGCAGCUGCCCGGAGACAUCACCUUCGGACCCCGCGGCGAGGAUGGCGCGGCGGGCACGGCGACGGCGCAGGGAGCAGGUGGCAGCGGCGGCGACCACCGGCGCAAGCGGCGCGGCAAGGCCGAGCGCGGCACGGGCGCGCGUGCCGCCGCCGCCACGCACGGCCCCUUAGCCGCCGGCAACAUCAGCAGCAGCAACAGCGACAAAAACAGCAGCGGCUGCAACGCUGCCGAGGACGACAACGCCGCCAGCACCCUCCUGAAGAGGCCCCGGCAGGACACGGAGACCGGUGACGGUGACGAGGCGACGGCGGCGGCGGCAAUGGGGGGCGCCGGCGGUGUUGUCGAGCGUCCGGCUCGCGAACAGGAGGAGGAGGGGGAGGUUUGUAACAACGGCGGGCCCAGCCGACUGCAGCGGCCACUGGGGGUGUGCAACGGCGUGGAGAGAUGAAGAGGUGGGGGU